UCCCUCCUGACGGGGAGAGGACCGUCCCUGUCCACUGACAGCCUGCUGCCCGCUCCCUGCUGCAGGAUGGCCGGAGGUUUAUUACAAGCACGUCUCCUCUCCCUCUUCGACUACAAGACGGAAAAAUACAUUGUCGCCCAAAAUAAGAGAGUUGGAGUUUUGUACAGACUUAUUCAGUUAUCGAUCAUCGGUUACAUCAUUGGGUGGGUUUUUGUAAGCAAGAAAGGCUACCAGGAAACAGACGAGGCCGUACAGAGCUCCAUCAUAACUAAACUGAAGGGAGUGUCAAUGACAAACACCUCCGAGUCUGGACUGCUGGUUUGGGGACCGGAGGACUAUGUCAUCCCACCGCAGGGGGAAGCUGUGCUGUUCAUCGUAACCAAUUUCUUAGAGACACCGAACCAGAAGCUGGGACACUGUGCAGAGAGUUCUAAAGUGCUGGAUGGCCACUGUCGAGAUGACAAGGACUGUGAAGAGGGAAAGAUGGUAGUGGCUGGUAAUGGGAUUAUGAGUGGCCGGUGCCUGAGAGAAGAUGUGAACUCCACUGGAACCUGUGAAAUCUACGGCUGGUGUCCCAUCGAAAGAAAAUUCAAACCACAAGGGCCUCUGCUGACAAACGCAGAAAACUUCACCAUCUACAUCAAGAAUUUCAUCCAAUUUCCGAAAUUCCAAUUUUCAAAGUCCAAUGUACUUGAAACAACUGAUGACUCGUAUUUGAAGAAAUGCAGAUAUGACGAGGAGCUCCACCCGUACUGCCCCAUCUUCCGUCUGGGAGACAUCACCCAGCGAGCCGGAUACGCGUUCAACGACAUGGCAACAUAUGGCGGCUCUAUUGGCAUUAUGAUACAUUGGGACUGUGACCUUGACAAAGGUUACUCUCACUGCCACCCACAAUACUUCUUCACUCGUCUGGACAUCAGCAUCUCAAACAAGACCAUCGCAGCAGGAUUUAACUUCAGACACACUCGGUAUUUUAAAAAUGCAGCUGAUGAGGGUUUUCGAUCUCUAUUCAAAGUCUAUGGUGUCAGAUUUAACAUCAUGGUGCAUGGGAAGGCCGGGAAGUUCAGCAUCAUCCCAACAGCAAUCAAUGUUGCGUCAGGUCUGGCUUUAAUGGGUGCUGGAGCUUUCUUCUGUGACAUGGUCCUUCUCUACUUAAUGAAGAAAGGUGAUUCUUACCGAGAAAGGAAGUUUGAAGGAUUCAGAGGAAAUAAAUCAACAUCUGAAAACCACAGUGUGAAGGAGGCCGCCAUGGAGGAGGAGAAUCUGACUUUGUAGAGAAAACACUGACAUGUCCGUGUUGUUGGUUCUGAUGUAACAAUGAAUAUAACAAUAUAAAAAUGGCCUUUAGCAGUUCAGUAUGACUUGUGCUUGACUGGAGUGGAGCUCAUGUAAGACAAAGCAUCAUCUUAAAUUACUGGGAAAUGACAACAACGCUUGUUGGUAGAAGCUUCAAAAUGAGCCCACACGUUUUUCUGCCUCUCCCUGCACUGUAUUUAAUAUUUGUAAGUUUUCACACAAAAACAAAAAAUCUGCAUUAAAUCUACUGUAAAAAAAUUAAACAAUUAAUUUAUGGAAGCUUGAAUAAACUUUUGAGUUGUACUGUAAAUGUUUUUUUGUAAAAGAUAUUGAUGUUGAUAUUGAGCUUUUUAGUCUUAGCGUAUGGAUUGGCCCACUCCUUUCUCUGCACCUAAAUCACAUUCAGUUCAUAUUGGGAUAUCACAAGAGCGGGGAAACAUUGAUACACAGACUAGUGUUUGAUUACGUGUGUGUUCAUUUUAGGCACUAGCAGCUUGUCUCUUUUGCCUGUGUUAAUUUUCUAAUACCGAGAUAUAGAGAUCAAAUACACAGGAAACAACAGAACCCAAACAAAACCCACACAUACACAAUAUUAACAUGUGUGUAACACUUUCCUUUUCUUAUUAUUCAUGCACUUUUUACUGCAUGUUUUCUCAACUAAUAAUAAUCUCUAAUAUUGAAAUAUACCUCAUACCUGCAUUAAGUGCCAGGUUUCCCUCCACAUGUAUCUAUCUUCAUAGUGGUGCAUCAGUUACCAGUUAAUGCAUUUUAAUUAUUAAUUGAUACAGAGGAAACCCCUGCCUGUGACCUAGUAAAGUAAAUGUGCAAAUAAAGAUUUUAAUAAUAAA